ACUGAAACGCUAUCGAUCGCUUGGAUACCUCCGUUUAUCUGUGUCUCUCACAAAAAACGCCCUAGAUCGUACACAGUUUUGAUAUACAUAUGCAUGUACGGAUCGUCGAGUGACUUCCAUCACGCACCUCGGGAUCAGUCUGGCAAGCGCACCAUCACGUUAUCUUCAUCGACACACACACGCUUUCACAGAAAAGAGAGAUGUAUGCUAGUUUCCAAUAAAGAUAGCUCCACUCCCAUCUCUACCCGCCUUUCCGCCUGCCACCAACCUUACUUUUCCCUUUUCCUUCCAUCUUCCAUCUUUUUCCCGUGUCACAACGGUUUGUUUGCACACUGUAUUGCACCCCUUACCCCUCUCACACCAAUUUAUCGACGCAAACGAACGCUUGCCAUCGGGAAGCUCCCGUCCGGGGAUAGAUUAAGCCCCCCCAGCCCCCAGAAUGGCCAGGCCGCCCGGGGGCGCAACUGGGAACAUGCAUGGCAACCCGACGCCUUUUCUCAUGGCGCACCGCAAUGCACUUGGCCAAACCCACUCGACUGCCCAUCAUGAAGGUGAGGUGAGGUAAUUAGUGGGGUUGUGGGUGUGGAUUUCGCACUCUGCCCCCGAUAUCAUACUCAGGUUCCUUGGCGUAUCGCCGAUGUUGUCGUGCGCGAUGGG